CACCUUAAAUGAGCUGUGUAUAUCAAAAAAAUAUCUUUGUUUGGCUCUUUCCAAAAGUCCCUUUCGGGGUCUUCCUUUUGGAUUUUCGACCCUUUCAGUAACGGUGUCGUUUCAGUUCACUCAACGGCCAAUUUGCCAAUAUCUACUAGACUACUUCACUAGGAAAAAUACAGAACCAAAACCUCAAAACCCCCCUAAAGAGAUAAGAGAAGAGAAGAAAAGCAGAGGGAAUUCAGCAAUGGCUGCUACUUCCUUCGUCAACAAGCCCUUUACAUCCCUUUGCAAUUCCAAGUCUGAAAUUCGCCCAGAAAUUGGUUUUCUCAAAAGGGUUCCUUUUGGGGUCAACUCGUUGAGCUUCAAGAACACAAAUUGUAGUGUUUCUGGCCAACAAGUCUUCAAGAAGAAAGCUUUAUCUUCUAUUUCCUGCAAGGCAGUGUCCGUUGAACAGCCGACCCAAACAGAGAUUGAGGGGCUUAACAUUGCAGAAGAUGUUACUCAGCUUAUAGGGAAGACACCUAUGGUGUACCUGAAUAGCAUAGCAAAGGGUUCACUUGCACAUAUAGCAGCAAAGCUUGAAAUUAUGGAGCCAUGUUGCAGUGUGAAGGAUAGGAUUGGAUACAGCAUGAUAACUGAUGCUGAGGAGAAGGGAGCUAUUGCUCCGGGGAAGAGUAUUUUGGUUGAGCCUACAAGUGGAAACACAGGAAUUGGCCUUGCUUUUAUAGCUGCUUCUAGAGGAUACAAGCUAAUAUUGACGAUGCCGGCAUCUAUGAGUCUUGAGAGGAGGGUUCUCCUUAGAGCGUUUGGUGCUGAUCUUGUUUUAACUGAUCCUGCUAAGGGCAUGAAAGGAGCUGUCCAAAAAGCUGAAGAAAUUGUGAACAGCACACCUGGUGCAUAUAUGCUUCAGCAGUUUAACAACCCAGCAAACCCCAAGAUACACUACGAAACAACAGGACCCGAAAUUUGGGAAGACACGAAAGGCAAGGUAGAUAUACUUGUUGCCGGGAUUGGCACUGGUGGAACAAUUUCAGGUGCUGGCCGGUAUCUAAAAGAGAAAAAUCCUGCUAUUAAGGUUAUUGGCGUUGAACCUACGGAGAGCAACAUACUUUCUGGUGGCAAGCCUGGUAAGAUACAUGCAAACAACAGCAUGCUUAUUUUGUUUGAAUUCAAUCUUUCUAGUCUUCUAGUGGCUGCAAUUUGCAAGUGCAGGCCCUCACAAAAUUCAAGGCAUUGGAGCAGGUUUUAUUCCCAGAAACUUAGAUCAAGAAGUGAUGGACGAAGUUAUAGAGGUAUGACAUUAACUUUCCAAAUUGCUCAUUCAUUUUUUUUUUUUUUGGUGGUUCAUUCAUUUGAUAGAUUCUUUUGUACGUCCUACUUACCGUAGUCAGAGUAUGCUCUGUGCUAAUGUUAUUCUAGCAUCUGGUUUUAUGAUAAUUAAAUACAAAUUUACCAUCAGAUAUCCAGUGAUGAAGCUAUCGAAACAGCAAAGCAAGUUGCUCUUCAAGAAGGCUUGUUGGUGAGUAUUUUUUCUUUCACGCAACAAAACCAUGGUGGCAGUGCUUUUAUUGUGACGAUAUUUUGUUUGUAACUCAUUCCUUCUUUAUAAUACUCCAUGUUUUAGCCUAUUUGCAGUCAACUCUGAUUUCCCAGAGUUAGAUGUAACAUAAGAAGCUCUUUUGAAAAUUUACUUCACGUAUACUGUAUGUGUUAUUGGUUAUCUGGUGUUUACGUUUAUAGUUUAGAAAGGCUCCCUACAAUGUCAUUCGAGAAUAGGAGUUAAAAUUAUCCGCAGGAGUGGUUGUUGUUGUCCUUUUGUUUUUUACCCUUUCUUUUUUGGUUUUGAAUGCUGGGAGUGGUGGUAUCAACUUUUGUUAUGAAUAAAAUAUCCUUCUGACGGUAAGAUGAUUCGUAAUCUACACAUUGACUUUUAAUCGUCAGAAGAUUUUUUGUUCUCAGAGGUUGUGUUUUUGGUAAAUCGGAUCUGCUUGCUGGAUUGCAAAAUUAGCAUACAUGGGAUAUUAGUGUGACGUGCACAGUGUAACAUGUACUUGUUGAUUUUGCUUCAUUUGUCACUAGUGAACAAACAUUGGCAAAAUGUGUAUACCCCAGUAAUUAAGUCCCUUUUUACAAUUAGUGUUUUUUGUUUACUUGUCCAGCCUCCUUUAAAACCCUUUUCUACCAUAUUUUAAGUUGGAACUCAUUCUGUCCAAAUGUUGCAAAUUCCCCUGUCACUCAUUUGCAUUGCUGUGUCUAAAAAAUAAAUUGUUAACCUUUUGUCAGGUUGGGAUCUCUUCUGGGGCAGCCGCAGCUGCUGCCUUGAAGGUUGGGAAGAGACCUGAGAAUGCAGGAAAGCUUAUUGCGGUAUGUCUUACUCUGUUGCGUACCAUUUUGUUGAUUUCAAUCUGGAUUCUCGUUGUUGUUGGAAGUUAAAAAAAUGCAGAAAGUAAAGGACCUAUGUCUUGUUACCUUAUUAUUUUUGUCUGCUCUUAGGGAAAAGUAUCUCAACAUAGUCAGGGUAUACGAUAUGAUUUACUUAAUCCUUGGUAAAAUAUAAUCUAGAGAGCUUGCCGUAUAAUAUUCCUGUAUGAUGACAAAUCAACAGCUCAAAUGAGUUUAUGUAUUUUCUGAAAAUUAGAUUUCAAACACUGCUUAAAUGUUAUACACUUGCUAACGUAAAUAUCUCAAGAUUGUGGUUUUUUUCCCUUGAGUUACACAAAAAUAUUUUGACCAAAUUAUAGUUUUCAAUUUAAAUAUUUGUCAUUCUUUAGAUUUCAGAUUGUUGGGAAGAUUGAUUUCAUCUUUGUCAAAGAUUUGAUCCUAUCUGUGGAAGUUUAAUGAAAAUGUCCUGUAGACUAAUUGCAAUCUAGCAUCUAUUUGUGAAGUUCUUACCUGCCUCGGAAAGAUAUUACUUAUGUGUCUUGAGUUUUACCAGACUUAAGCUGUACAAAAUGCACGGGGUUGCUCUUAAUAGAAGGCAAUCUAUGUCUCUUACAUUAAAUGUUAUCUGGCACAUAUCUUGUUGAAGAAAUAAGAAAAUCUAGCAUAUAUCUUAAGGCCAUUCUUCACUAGUCAAUUUGUCAUUUCCUUUGCUGAGUUAAUGGACAAAUUGACGAACACUUCGUUUUCAAUCCCUUCACUGGGUACAAAAAAUCUUGUAGGUUGUGUUCCCAAGCUUUGGAGAGCGAUACUUGUCGACUGCCCUUUUUCAAUCAAUUCGGGAAGAGUGUGAAAGUAUGCAACCCGAGGCUUGAAGUACACACACCAUUUGAAGAUGAUGUUACUCAUUGCUAAUAAAAUUUGUGACGACAAUUUACUUGUACAAUUCUAGUCUUUUUAUUUAUUUUUUUAUUUUUUUUAACUUCAAACUCUUGUUGGGAUGGCAUAUAGUUUGAUAGAGAGCUAGUGAAUGGAUUCAGUGCCUGAUGAAUCGUCGAGUGUCGUGAAAAGGGCACUGUUCAAACUCUUCCAGUUUAGAAACUUUUUUUGAAGUGUUCAUUCGUUCUAGCUUAUUAGUAAUUCAUAUGAUGAUCAAUGUGACUUGGUGAAGUGGUCAAGAAUUUACCCUUUCACCAUGAAUGUCGUUGAUUAUGAGUGUUGUGAAUGACAUUCUUCAAUCAAUGGUGUUGUGAUCUAAACAGGUAUUUCCUGGGAUUCAUAAUGUAUAGGGUGGGAUGAAAAUUUAUACCCAAAGAAUGAGAUACUUGGUGUCUAUCAAACAUGAAGUUAGCAAAAAAGACAGCAACAAUUGUUUUGAAGUUAGCAAGAACAUGACGGUACCUAAACAAACUGCAACUGCUAUUUGUAUUUUCUUCCAAAGACUUUUUAGAUGAUAGGGUAGAGAUGCAGAUCCGUUUUCCAGACCUGCAAUGAUUACAGU